AUGCUUUUUACGACCCCACGAUUUGUUUAUAUCGCUAACUCUCUCUUCUCUAUGCAGAUGAUCCAUCUAUCUCCCUUCUUCCCGGUUUUCCUUCAAGACGAGGAUUCGGACCUAGGACUUACUUACGGUGUACGUAUGGAUAUUCAAAAACCCUCGUGGGAAGAAACUAAUCCUAACAAGGAAAUUGACAAGCGAAUUGUGACCGCCAUUUUUUCCAACAUUACGUCAGUCAGGUCUAUAGAAGUGUGGCUGAAAUCUGGACGUCUUCACAGCGAAGUGCUAGAGGAGCAGAAAUUGAGUGAGGGACAGUUGAGAAGACCUGGCUCCACCAUUAUAUUGUGGCUGAAAUGCGAACAGAUGCUCUUCGGUAUGACCAUGUCAGUGUCAGUGCCCAUUACGCGACCGAGAGUCGAACUCCCGGCUGAAGUCGACCUAAAAAAAGAGUCUCGUUUUGUAAAGGACUGGAUUUUAGAAUCAUAUUUUUUUAGACCCGCAUCUAUACGUUAA